AUGAUCAUUUCAAACAUCCUCGCAGGCCUGUUGCUGGCUGCGUUGGCAACCCUCGCACAGCCAGCUGACAACGAUGCCCACACCCUCUCUGACCAGAGUACCCUUGAGCUCAGCGGCGAGACCUUCGGCCUGGCUCAACCCGGUGUCCUCGACUCUGAUUUACAAUGCACCUCCCUAACCCCUUCAAACACCCAAACCUUUCAUCUUCCCCGUCACUACUUCAAGAUCUCGAAGUCUUCCUUCCUUUCCACCCUUACCUCAACCUUGAGCUUUUCAAAUACCCCAUCUCAUCUCAAUCCCAUCAGGCAUCUAGCAAAGGCUGAUGCCUGUUUUGUGGAAAGAGAACAGCCUGCCAUCAUGGAGUCCCACACCCCCCUUGAUGAGCAUGCCUCUACAGCUUCACCCACUCGAUCCGACAUCGUUACCCCUGCUUGCGGUGAGAAUUACGAAACAUCCCCUCGCCACAUGAAGUCGCUCCAGAAACUUCAAGAUGUCAUCUAA